AAAAGUUUCAAGGCAAGAGAAAUUUGAAAAUAGUCGAGAGGCAUCUUCUUUACAGCAAGUAUUUGGGGCUGUGCUUCCACGUAGACAAGAGAUCGUGGAGUUCGGUUGUCUGAAGCAGUGGGUCAAAAGUGGUAUUGUGCUGCUCUCAUUGGCUCAUGCAGAUCGGCGCUUUUUUUGACAUCCGCAGUUGACCUGGUCGUUCAUCAGAUGUUGACUGGUGAUGGCAUGCUUCUGACUGAGGUUAUUCCCAUUCCCACUGACGACUGCUGCCAAAGCAUUGGCACAUCCCAGCAUGGCACAAAACACGCUAUAAAACUGAUCAACGAACCAGCAACUCGACCUCUCGAUUACCACACCCUUCUGCUUUCCCUCUCCCUCGGCGCUUCCAUUCAAUCCCGAUUCAGCAUGAAGUCGUAAUGGUUGCAAUCUUGGCCCGCAAUAGUUGGGGCAAAGAGCCCACCCCUGAUCUCCACCCCGCCUCUCCACCUACUCCAAACCCCGCCCUCGGUUUCUUCCACCCAGCCGGGCUGCCCUUCUCGCAUGGGAAAGAUGGGGGCUGUGGAAUGGCCAGCCAGUUAAACAGGCGCCACGGCCUGGCUGAAUUGGAUAUGCCGGAAGCCAUGCACGCGUUGUUGUAUCAUCUGCCUCGCCCCUACCCAUCAACCCCAGUGGAGGUCACAGUCUGACCAUAUGGAACCCCGCUCCCGUCCACACUCAUCUACCUUUCCCGCCCCUCCUUCACGGCCUCCUGGUUUCCCCUCCCUCUUCUCCUUUCUUCUCCUUUUGUGUUUUUGAGUGAACCCCGAAGCGUCCCAGGAAUUACUUCUCAGCCAGCCCUCACAGACACAGUAACAUGGCGCCUUUCCGUGCAGAACAUAUGGGCUCGCUCCUGCGGCCUCAGGAGCUUCUCGACGUGCGAGAGGCCAUCCGCGAGAAGAGGCUCAGUGAGGAGCAGGCUGGCCUUCCUGCCGUCGAGGAGAAGGCGGUUGGGCAUGUGGUCAAGCUUCAACAAGACCUUGGCUUCAAGGCUGUCACGAGUGGUGAAUACAACCGCACUAGGUUUUGGGGUCUCAUGUGGGACGAGUUUGAGGGCACUAUCCGUCUCCAGGACGCCGAGGCAUCCAUGUUCCGUCUCUAUCACCCAGACGUCGUCAGCUUGAUCGAGCAAGACCGCAAGGUCAUGCCGGGAGACUCGGUCAUUGCCGGCUCAAAGCUGUCUUACAACCCAGCAAAGUCGGUCUCUAACCUCCAUGAGCUCCGCCUGGUCCAAAAGUUUGUGCCCGAGAGCGAGUGGGGCAACAUCAAGCUCACAAUGAUCACUCCUGCCUGGUUCCACAUGAGAUAUAAGCAAGGCCGAGCCUACACCAAGGAGGCGUACGCUAACGAUGCCGAGUACUUUGAUGACGUUGCAAAGGUGUACCAGGCCGAGCUUGAUGUUCUGUACAAGGCUGGCCUCAGAAAUGUCCAGUUUGACGACCCUGGCCUUGCUUACUUUUGCUCCGACAAGUUCCGUCAAGGAUGGGAGGAGGACAAGGACAACAUUGGCACGGUGGAUGAUCUUUUGGACGUCUACAUCAAGCUCUACAACGACUCCAUCAGCAAGCUCCCCGCUGACUUUCACACCGGUGUGCAUCUCUGCCGAGGCAACUUUAUCGGCGGCCGCCACUUUGCCGAGGGCGCCUAUGAUAUCAUUGCCCAGAAGUUGUUCACCGAUCUCAAGGUCAACACUUUCUACCUCGAGUACGACACCGAACGUGCCGGCGGUUUUGAGCCUCUGAAGUACCUCCCCAAGGAUCGACAUGUGGUCAUUGGUGCCAUCAGCACCAAGCUGCGUGAUCUGGAAGAUAAGGAGGAAAUCAAACAGCGCAUCUACAAGGCCGCCGACUUCGUGGCUGAAGGCAGUGGACAGACACGUGAGGAGGCUCUUAAGCGCAUUGCUCUGAGCCCUCAGUGCGGCUUCAGUACCCAUGAGACAGGCUACCCCCUCAGCGAGGAGGACGAGAAGAAGAAGCUGGCACUUGUUCGCCAGAUUGCUGAUGAGAUUUGGGGAGAAGCGUAA